AAAAAGAUAUAAAUGCUUGAUAAUAGUAACGUACAAUAUGGUGGGGUUUAUACAUUUAAUUGUUUUGGUCAUGCCAUAAAAAAUAAUGGAGCAUUAUGUGUAUUUGAUUUAUAAUCAUAUACAUUAAAUCUUUUGCCCAAGCCCAAUGCCCGUUUAAUCUCGUCACUGCACGUUUUCAUGCUCUCCCCCAUGGCUUUCAUUCAUUACUCCAAAUUUCCAACCUUCGCAUGCUCUCUGAAACCCAAGAAACCACACUUCUCCGCCGCCAGGGCACAUAGCAUCCCGGCGAGAGAUCGAGUAGUAGACUUCGGCAAGUACAAGGGGAAGAUGCUUGGUGCGCUGCCAUCAACUUACCUCAAAUGGGUUUCGAAGAACCUCCGUGCCGGCGAUUUCGAGAGUUGGGCGAAACUAGCAGACCAAGUGCUUGAAGACCCAGUUUACCAGGACAGACUGGAGUGGGAAUUUGCAGAUGGAGUUCUGAAUGGAAACAAGGAUGCCUCUUUGUCCAGAAAUGAGAGUGCAGUUUCUCAAUUGUUGGAAAUAAGCGAGAGGUUUGGUUGGGAUAAUGAAGAUAAAGUUGGGUGGAGCAAAAUCAAUUAUGAGCUCUUGGGUACUAGUAAAGGCGGCAGAAUUCCAAGAUUGGUGUCAUCUUGUUCUACCAGCGUUAUUAAUAAAACGAAAGAUCCGAGAGCGGAUAAGAUAAAGAAAGAUCAAAUUUUAUCAGAGAGGGAAAUUAGGAGAAAAGAAAGAAGAGAGAGAGCCAAGCUGAAGUCCAGGGAGGAGAUAAAGAAGGACAAGUUGGGGAUUUUGACAAACAGCAAGGACAUGUUUGUAAAUGGGCUGAACGAUGAUGGUGCGAUCAGGAAGAAAACAGAACAAGAGAUCAAUAAUCCAUUUCCUGGACGUGAAGCCCUCUUGAAGAAGGCGCUCGACGGCAAGCGGUUUUUGUAAUUUUUUUUUUUUUCCAUUUCUUUUGUUCUAACCUUGAACCUCGAAUUUCCUCUGUGAUUUCUGGAAUAUGAUAGUUCUUGGUUUUUUUUUCGGCUUC